AGGUAAGCGAUGAACCAAGUUUCCUUGGGGGACGCGCCAUUUUCUGGAACUACUAAUACGGUAGUGUGUCGUUAUAAAGCCUUAUUAGUCUUUUUAUUUUUUUGGUAGAUACUGUGCUAAUUCUCUUUUAAAGUAAGAUGGGACGCAAGAAGAAGAAGCAGAUGAAGCCUUGGUGUUGGUACUGCAACAGAGAUUUUGAUGAUGAAAAGAUUCUCAUCCAGCACCAGAAGGCAAAGCAUUUCAAAUGUCAUAUCUGCCACAAGAAAUUGUAUACGGGCCCAGGAUUAGCCAUCCACUGCAUGCAGGUACAUAAAGAAACUAUCGAUGGUGUGCCCAAUGCUAUACCUGGAAGAACUGACAUAGAGUUGGAAAUCUAUGGAAUGGAAGGUAUUCCUGAGAAGGAUAUGGAAGAGAGGAGGCGAGUUCUGGAACAGAAAACACAAGCUGAGAGUCAGAAAAAGAAACAGAACAACCAGGAUGACUCUGACGAGUAUGACGAGGAUGAGGAACCGGGUCCCUCCUUCCAGCAGCCGGCUGUGCAGCCGCAGGCCAGCUUUGUGCCACCCAUGACCCAGCCUGGGAUGCCCCCUGUCCACGGGACUCCUGGCAUACCGCCGGGAAACUUCGCAGGAAUGCCUCCCAUGAUGCCCGGUGUGCCACCCAUGAUGCCAGGGAUGCCGCCUGUAAUGCCUGGCAUGCCUCCAGGCAUGAUGCCAAUGGGUGGGAUGAUGCCCCCUGGGCCAGGAAUGCCCCCGAUGAUGCCAGGCAUGCCACCAGGUAUGCCGCCACCUGUUGGGCAUCGUCCACCAAUGGCGCAGGUGCCUCCCGUUACAUCGCCCGCUAUGCUGACCCGGCCAGCCAUCGUCACAGCUGCUAGCUCUGUCCCUCAGCCAGCCGUCACCAAGCCCCUGUUCCCAAGUGCAGGACAGAUGGGGACUCGUGUGCCAAUCACAAGUACAAGCUCUCCGAGUGCUGACACUCUGUCACCAGCUCCUAAAUCCCUGUUCCCUAGCACGGCACAAGCCCAGCCGGCAGUGUCGGGACCGGUGGGGGCAGAUUUCAAGCCCUUGAGCACGACUGCCGCCUCAUCAGACGCCCCCAAAGCGACAUUCCCAGCUUAUACCCAGUCUACUGCCUCUACCACCAACCCCUGUAGUAGCACUGUGUCCAAACCCCCAGCCACUGUGACGAGUAAGCCAGCUACCCUUACUACAACGAGUGCAACCAGUAAGUUGAUCCACCCUGAUGAGGAUAUCUCGCUGGAGGAAAGGCGAGCCCAACUGCCCAGGUACCAGCGGAAUAUUCCUCGGCCGGGUCAGGCCCACAUGGGCGUACCGCCGGUGGGACCGAUGGGUGGCCUGAUGCCCCCUCAGCAGCCAGGAAUGAGGCAUCCUAUGCAUGGGCAGUAUGGUGCUCCACCCCAGGGAAUACCUGGGUACAUCCCUGGCGGAAUGCCUCCGUAUGGGCAGGGACCGCCAAUGGUCCCCCCCUUUCAAGGAGGACCCCCCAGACCACCCAUGGGGAUGAGACCACCCGUAAUGUCCCCAGGAGGUCGAUAUUGAAGCUGAGCCUCCAUCUCUCAAUAGGUUUGGAGAUUAAACCUUUUCUCACCUUGUGCUUACAGUAGCCAAACCUGUAACAGUAAGUCCAAUGAUGAGGAAGGGGGAGAGCAAGUACAACGCAUGGGACAUUUCAUUUAACAUAACAUAUUUUCAUGUAAAGGAACACCAACUGUCGUUUGCAUUUUGAUACCUUGUGGCUCUUUCUCAUGUCUCAUUUAGGUUUUUAGAAGUGAAGUUUAGUAAAUACGGUUCGUAAUGUUUUGAAGGCGCCGGAUGUAACAUGAACAUGCCCACCUUAAAUCAAAGGCAAGUUUCUGUACAUGCAUUAUUCUACUGAGUAGUGAGGCCUUCACAGCACUCUAGGUGCUGUUGGACACCUUGUCCCCAGCUUUGCUUGGUGAGGGCUUCAAGUAACUGUUUUCCCAGCUGUUUUGUGUGUUUUGCGUCCUUGACACGUUUGGAAGAAUUUGCUCUUGUUGCAGGUUUGAGGCCACAAGAAUAACUCUGUGAAUAUGAUUUCUGUACUGUUGUGAUCACUUGUUGUAAUAAUAAAACGUGAUGAAAACUCAAGGCUGUUAUUUCAUGACCAAAGGAAGGCUGGCGCCAGGAAGGUUUGUACAUGUGCUGGAUUUGGCUCUAGCGGCGUUACGAUUAAUGGCUGAAUGAACGGAACGUAUGACUGGAGGUUUCUCUGUGCGUGGUUUGGUUAUAGUGCCUGGAGGACAGGCCUGGCCAAGAGCCUUGCGGAGCCCAUCCAGUGAGCCCUUAUGCAACUGGGAAUCGGUGCUCUUCUGCCAUAGGCAGACGAUGAUGUAAGUCUCUGUGUAACCAUAAUCCUUACCAGAAUGGCACAGGGCGGUAGACUGCCAGUUUCAGUGAGUUGAUGAACACACUGCAUGAUCACCUGACAUAUACUAUAUGCAAUUGAUUUCUAAAUUUAGGUAUUUCCUUUCCAUGUUUUCAGCAGCUCUUUGCCCUUUGGCCUCCAGGCACGUCUAUAGUGUCGUUAUACCAUCUGGCACGGCAUCAAGAAACCUCAGUAUACACAAGUCCCAUUGAUCGAAUGUAUUAGUGUUCUAGAUAUUUGCAGUUGCCAUCAUGUAGUGGAACCAUUGUUGCAUAAUUGGUUUCAGAAGCACAUUCCUUAAAGUGUGUGCGUGUGCGUGUGUGUGUGUAUAUAAUCGCCUGCCGCUGUGCGUGACACAAACGGUCAGGUAUGAUUCAGGUCGUCGUUGGUCAUCCACAUUGAGGCGCUGUCACCCUGUCUGCUCAUGGUACCAUGUUUAUUUGAAAGCUGUAUUGUAAUCUGCUUAAACAUCUAAGUAAAGUCUCAGUAACUAAGUUCUGUGCCUGCCUUUAAUGGCGGCGUUCGAUGUUCAGUUCUACUCAUCAGGGUUUCGCAUUUUUAAUUUGGAUGCUGCCAUAGACCUCUGAAUGGUUUGGUUUGCACGUGGUAAAUCUGCCUGUAUGGACAGGUUGCUCGGGAUUCAUUUAAUGUCAUGUGCUGUUUCAGAGUUGCUUUUUCAGUCACGAGAAAUGUACUGAUUGCCAGGAUUGUGUGUGUUUGUGUUAUUGUUGCUGUGUUCUGUUAAAAGGCACACCGGAGAAAAAUACCUUGAGUAAUUUCCCUGCAAUCUCAACAAAAAAACUGAUAACCCACAGACUGAUCAGAUUCUUUUGCCCCCCCCCCCAACCCCCUCCUUUCAACACCUAAGUAUGACCAGAUACGUCACUGAUUCCAGUGACUAGUGAAGUAGCUUUGAGCAGCACCCGAGGGACAUUGAAUGCUUCUGUAUAAGUGCGUAUUAUUUGUAACUGCAAAGGUGAAUUUGGCCGUUCUGCUAAAAUAAGGAUUUCUCUUCUCCCUGUAGCAAUGCCAUGGGACUGGCUGAGGCAGUCUCUCAGUGUUGCCCUGUACAGUCUGAGGCAAGUCCGACUUUCCAUCUUUCAUUCCAUUCAUGUCAGGGGCCUUCACAGCCUCCUGGCUGUUGGAUUGCAUUGUCCCCAAACUUUUAGCAAGUUUGGUGAAGGCCCUUGUUUUGACGUCUUAGAUCUCAAGUUAGCGCAGUGGUUUGUAGAUUUAUCUGCACACUUCGUCACAAACUGUGUGAGAUUUGAAAAGAUCUGGAAGCCCGACAGCAUAGCAGGUCUGUUUUUAAAAGCAGGGCAUCUGAGAGUAUGAGGAACAUCUUACACUGGUUACUGAUGUGCAUGUCUGCAAAUAAAACCUUCACUUAUGGUGAUAAAAUAUGUGGAAACUGAUAGGAACUGGUUUACAAGUGCAGGACUGCAUCUCAGAACUGUCACACAUUAUUAGCCUAAUUUCAAUUCUCGAGUCUAGUUGGAGAGGAAUGGCUUCCAGCUUAGUAAGGGAACAUGCUUCCUUAUCUUUUACAAAUACUCCUUAUUUGAAGUCCUUCUGUGGCCAUUACUGUUCACACUGUUGUACAUCCAAGCUGCAUAAUUUGAGAUCCCCACAGGUCCGUCUUAUAGACUCAACAGAUGUGAUUGUGGUCAGUUGACAUUCACUGCCAGAAGCUCGCAAAUGCUAUCAAAGGUUGUCAGGAUGGAUUAUUAAGUUUAACUCUUUCCACUUUAUUGUUGUUUCUCUGUCAGCCUGUAGCAGGAACAUGUCUGCCCCUUUGCCUUGGCUAUUAACUGAUUUUGAAGGAAAAAAAAAAACCCUGAAACCUGAUGUGUAGCAGGUUGGUUUACUCUGUAAGUACUUACUUUUGUGGUACAGUGUUUGUGUGUUGUACAGAGUUUGUGAUGUCAACAGUUUAUUCCUGUACUACUGUAAGCGUUUAAGGUGUUCUCCUCUUGGAUUUGGAAUUGAAAAUGCAAUAAAAUGCUAUGCAGUGCUUCACGGAAAUGUGCCUUUCCUCUUAUUCCAGGAAACUUGAUGUUAACUGUCCAUUUUCCCCCCCAAUAGUAAAUGGCUGUGCAGUUCAGGUCCUGUCUGUUGUCACUGAGAUGGGCGAGAUGCCCUCAACACUCAUGCACCUGAGUGUUUCCCAUCUGAUCCUCGGGAACCCACAGACGGUCCAUAUUUCUGCUCCCUGCCAGAUGGUUCACGGAACUGGGAGGGAGCUAAAACGUGGACUGUCUGUGGGUCCCCAAGGACCAGAUUGGGAGUCACUGCCUUAAACACGCAUCCUGCUGCAGUGUUAUAGUAACAGCCCCUGGGACCGACCUGCAGGGGCAUCUUAUUUUGCUGUAAGUUUACGUCUAUGAAGACUCAAAGCCUUGGGAUGUAUGUUUUUUGAAUAAACUAACGUUGUUGUAAUUGUUGGUGUUUGCUGAAUGAUCUGUUAGUAACAAUCUGCCGUAUGGUAAUUAAACUUCACCUGUUAUUUCCCAGUGUCCUUUCUCAGCUUUGCCGUUUAUAUUAGUCAGCUGCUUAAAUGGCAACACUGCAAUGCUUUCCUCUGUCUUAGGCGAGUCUUUUGCUACACGUCUGUUCGUCUACCUACUGACCAUUGGUUUGGAUGCCUCUUGUGUCCCGCAUUUUCCUUGUUUUUGGCCACGGUUCACCAUAAUGGGACUGAAGACAUCAAGUCAUGACGCGUUUCAGGUGUAAUUUUCACCCAUUCUUCCUGCAACGAAUAUUAUGUAAGAAGCUGAUGCACAAAAGACCUUUUCUUCCUCUGGUGCAAGUCUGAGUUGGAACACUACUCUGAAAGGGUACCCAAGCUUCCCAGAACAUACAGUAUCUCAGCACACACAAAGGUGGAUCUGUGGAUUUGUUCUGCGAUUCAGAAGACAAAAGUCAGCUUGCCGUUGGUUUCUACCUGAAACGCAAGUGCCCGGUGGAGACAGAGGUGCUAUUCAUCUUGGAAGGGGAAAAGCCAGUACCAUCGCCUUCCUUUAUGGGUCGGACUGAGAUCCACGGGGAUAUGAGUACACAUCAAAUCAACGUGACCGUCUCAUCUCUGAGCCACAAUGACAGCGGUCUGUAUGCCUGCGAGUUUAUCAUCGGUAUGGAAUUAAAAGAGAUUCAUGUCAAGGGCCGGACAGACUACCUACUUUUUCUAGAGGCAGACAGUCCCUGCAGCUGUGCUGGCUACUCCUUCCUGCUGUACAUCAUCUCCGGUGCCACGGCUCUGUUCCUCCUCCUCACCUUCGGCCUUGGUGCUGCACUCUGUAGUAAGGCGUGCCGUCCUAGUAAGGUACCAAAACCACUUCCUAUUUAUGAAGAUAUGACAGCCGCUAGGCCGCCGAAAGACGGGAGUUUCCAUCAUCACCUCGACCCCCUGCAUCUGGAGGAAGUAGACACCGUGAUAUAUGACAAGCCCUAUGAGAAGCUCUCACAGGAAAACCACUAUGUGGCCCCAAGGAGGGGGUCGCGCGUGCCAGAGGACGGCGGGACCCAGGCGUAGGAUGGCUGACUUGCCCCCUCUCCCCCAGCUUCUCUCAUCCUUAAAAGCCCACAUAGGUACCAAGACGAUGAUCCAUGAGAUCCUUGAAGCCACAUUGGCUUUCAGUGGUUCAAAGACAGUGGGGAAGUCUUGGCCAUCAUGUGGCCUACUGUAUCUGUGGUUAGGAGCCACACCGUCAGUCAGAUGCCUUCCACAGUUGAGACACCCUUAUUGAGAAAUAUGAGACAGCAUAUUCACCUUGCUGAUGAAAUGGACUCAUGAAUUCACUAUUUUCACAGGUUUUUUUUUUUUUUUUUUUAAAGUUUUGUUGAACACCAGAAGUGAUCAUUUCUUCAAAUGCUACAAAUUGAGUUUUAAUUGACAAACGCCUACAUGCACAUGCUGUAACGUUUGUUAUGUAUAAUUUUGCUGUCUGGUGCAAAUAUCUUUUCCGUUUGUAAUUGCUGUAGGUUCUGUAUUAAGAUGUUGCCGUGGAUUCGGUAAGGCUGCUGGGUUUAGCAAUAAACCGUUAAGAGUC